AGUCUGAGUGGCGGUCAGCUGACGGAUCCGGGUCGUUUGCGAUGUUUACUUUCUUUGUUUAGUGCGUUUACCUGCGUUUUUCUGAAUGAAUGCAGCGCUAUGCGUCGCCCCGGAGAACCAUGGUAGUCGUCAACUCGGUGCUCAAGCUCGUACAGAGGCAGACGUACACCUGUCUGUCCCACCGGUACGGGCUCUACCUCUGCUUUGGGGGGAUCGUCCUCAUGAUAGUUUCCGCCUUUCAGUUUGGAGAGGUGGUAGUGGAGUGGAGUCGAGACCAGUAUCAUGUGCUGUUUGACUCCUAUAGAGACAAUGUGGGAGGAAAAUCCUUCCAAAGCAGGCUCUGUCUGCCCAUGCCUAUUGAUGUGGUGUACACAUGGGUGAAUGGCACAGACACGGCUCUGCUGAAGGAACUGAAGUCAGUCAAGGAACAACUUGAAGAGGAACAAAGAGCUCUGAGGGAACGACUGGGGAAAAAUGCAAGCGAGGCAACUGAAGUGCCAAAAGACAGUGUUAAGCCAGAAUGCCUGUUAUCCCACUGCAUCAUAGCGCCCAUGCUUGCCCUGGACCCCGCUCUGCCAGCCAACGUUACACUCAAAGAGCUGCCAUCACUCACUCCCUCCUUCUCUGCUGCCAAAGAGCUGCUGCUGCUGAACAAACCCUUCCACCCGUCCACCACCGCCUCUGUGGUCGUCUUCCACUCGCAGUCUGACGCUGAUAAAGCCUAUACAGAUGUGUCGAGAGAAGACCAGAAAUUCACUGUGUCCAGAUGUUACCUGACGACAGAUAAAGAGGCUCCAGGUCUGAUCCGAAUGCAGGCUCUGGCCUAUCUGAGCGGCUUCCCAGCGUCCUUCAAGGAGACGGAGCAGCUGAGAGUCAAACUGCCCUCCGUCAUAACCAACAAGAUCAAACAGUUUGAGUUGUACUCUGAGGCAAGCAUCGCCCUGCUCCACCUGAAAACCCCGCAGGACUUCUCUGACCUGACGCAGCAGGCGAAAAAGAACCUGACCAUGGAUGGGAAAGAGUUAACCAUCAGCCCCGGCUACUUGUUCUGGGACCUCACUGCCAUCUCACAGUCCAAACAGGAUGAAGAUGUUUCUGCCAGCAGAUUCGAGGAUAACGAGGAGCUCCGCUAUUCGCUGCGCUCAGUGGAGAGACACGCUCCCUGGGUGCGACACAUCUUCAUCGUCACUAAUGGGCAGAUUCCCUCCUGGCUCAACCUGGAUAACCCCAGAGUUAGUGUCAUCACACAUCAGGAUGUCUUCCUGAACCACAGCCACCUUCCCACCUUCAGCUCCCCGGCUAUAGAGACUCACAUCCACCGCAUCCCAGGGCUCUCCCAGAAGUUUAUUUACCUCAACGAUGACGUGAUGUUUGGUAAAGACGUUUGGCCGGACGACUUCUACAGCCACUCGAAAGGACAGAAGGUGUAUCUCACCUGGCCUGUUCCAAACUGUGCUGAGGGCUGCCCAGGAUCCUGGAUCAAAGAUGGGUACUGUGACAAAGCUUGCAACAACUCUGCAUGUGACUGGGAUGGAGGAGACUGCUUGGGUGCAGCUGGGAGCAGUCGGUUCGCUGCAGGGGUCGGUGUUGGUGGGGCCGGUGGAGCUGGUGGACAGGUGUGGCAGUUUGCAGGUGGUAUGGCAGGUCUUGGAGGGACGUCCUACUGUAAUCAAGGCUGUGCCAACUCCUGGCUGGCAGACAAGUUCUGUGACCAAGCCUGCAAUGUACUUUCGUGUGGCUUUGAUGUAGGCGAUUGUGGCCAAGAGCACUUUGGCGAGCUCUACCAUGUGACCCUGCUGAGGAACCAGAGCCUCUACACCCUCCCAGUGGGGGAGGUCAGGCCGUAUUUCAGCUUCAGAAAACUUGCUCGCAGAGUCUCUGAGGCCCACAUCGGCGACAGUCCAGUGGUUCGCCAUACUUCCGUCGCCAACAAAUGGAAGACCAUUCACUUGCUUCUUUAUCCCGGCCACAACGCCACCCAGAUUCAUUACAACCUCACUUUCCAAAGAGAAGAUGACACAGAGUUCACAAUGAGCUUCAGCGUAGCUGUCGACACCCGCGAGGUUCCUCAAGCUAACGUGUCUAAGACUGCGAGCAAAGACACCAGCAAAGAGCCAAAGCCGACCGUGACUCCUGAGCCAGCGUUCCCCUUCUCAGAUGUUCCUGAGGACAAACGGGGUCCUAAGAUCCAGAGGAGGCAGCCUGGUGAACGUCAGGCUGUCAUAGAAGUUCCUCCAGUGAAUGUGUCGCUUUUACCAGCUGCUGUACGCAGUGAGCUGCAAAAGCUGGAGGAGAAGCUUCAGACUGGUGACAUUACUGUGAAGGGUUACAAUCUCACAAAGGCCGUCCUUCUCAAACCUUACAAGACACUGGCUCCGAACCAGCAGCUCGUCCAUUUACAGGCAGCUAAUGAGGGUGUAGCCAAGGUCCAGGGGAAGCCCUAUAAAGACUUGGAGGGAGAGCACCCAGGGCUCAAACCACCCGUGGAAGGUGGAAAUAUCAUUCAGAAAAAUGAAAACUCAGAAGAAGAAAUGUCCAGGAAAGAAGUGGCUCCGCAAGACGCGCUGGUCACUCCUUUCAUCACAGUCCACAUUGAUGAUAAGCAUAAAAAAGAGUUUGAAAUACCUAAACCUUUUCCUCUGAAUGCUGCAAUCGAGAGACCUAUGACUUCCAAACUACUAAACACCAUUUCUAAAAUCAGAGGCACUGAGAGUCAGAGAGAGCCGGCCGAUGCUGCAGGAGGAGCUCCUGUUGGGAGAAGACUCCAACACUUCAUCUCCGCUGAUAGAGGCUUUCUGCCAUGGGAGAGGAGGAAGUACUUUCAAGAGCUACUUGAGGAAGAGGAACGUCUGCAGAAGGAGCUGAUGUAUGAAACUUAUGGUGGCGCCACCGCCCGUAGGCUGCAGGACACAUUUGCCGACUCCCUUCGCUACGUCAACAAGCUGCUCAACAGCCAGUUUGGUUUCACGUCCCGCAAAGUCCCCGCACAUAUGCCUCACAUGAUCGACCGCCUCAUCAUGCAGGAGCUGCAGGACACAUUCCCAGAGGAGUUUGACAAGACGUCAGGCCACCGUGUGCGUCACUCAGAAGACAUGCAGUUCGCCUUUUCAUACUUCUACUUCCUGAUGAGCGCUCAGCAGCAGCUCAACGUCUCUGAGGUGUUUGACGAGAUCGACACUGAUCAUUCGGGCGUUCUGUCCGACCGAGAGAUCCGAACUCUCGCCACAAGGAUCCACGAGCUGCCCCUCAGUCUCCAGGAUCUGACAGGUCUGGAGCAGAUGUUGAUAAACUGCUCCAAGACUCUCCCAACUAACCUGACCCAACUCCACCUGGUGAACCCCACUCAGGAGACCUACUAUGACCCCAGCAUGCCUCCUGUUACAAAAGGUCUUGUUCUCCACUGUAAACCCAUCACAGAACGCAUCCACAAAGCCUUCAGAGACCAGAAUAAGUACAAGUUUGAGAUCAUGGGGGAGGAGGAGAUCGCUUUCAAGAUGGUGCGAACCAACGUGUCACAUGUGGUCGGCCAGUUGGAUGACAUUAGGAAGAAUCCGAGGAAGUUCAUCUGCCUCAAUGAUAACAUCGACCACAGCCACAAGGACGCCGCCACAGUGAAAGCUGUGCUCAGAGACUUCUAUGAGUCCAUGUUCCCACUGCCGUCCCAGUUUGAGCUGCCCAGAGAGUAUCGCAACAGGUUCCUGCACAUGGAAGAGCUCCAGGAAUGGCGGGUGUAUCGGGACAAGCUGAAGUUCUGGACGCACUGUGUCCUCGUGACGCUCGUCAUCUUCACUGUCAUGUCCUUCUUCGCCGAACAGCUGAUUCUGCUAAAGCGAAAGCUGUUCCCCAGACGCAGAGUGAACAGGGACAGCAACCCUGAGCGGGUGUGAUAGAGGAAAACUUCCCUCCCCUCUCCUUUCUGCACUUCAACCUCCACCCUUCCUCUCCUGCUCGGUAGAGAGGACAGGAGAGGAUCCGGACCAGGAGAAUACUGGGUGGAAACAGGACUCUGAAGUCCUCAAUGCUUGCGUUGCAUCAGCAUGGAGGGAUGAUAGAGACUCGUGUGAGAUGGCGAUGAAACAUUUUUCAGAAGAUGGAUGGGGCUGGCCGGUGAAGGGAAUAACAGUUAGGAAGAAGAGGCCGGUACAUCUUCUUGUCCUCCGCUGGGGGCAUCCGAGACUUUCACACAAUACACAAACACCAUACACUCCCCCCACACUCCCCCCACACUGUCCCACCCUUCUCGUGUCCUGUCCUCUCCAUGUCAUUGAUUGAUGUGGUGUUAAAGUGUGAAAUACUUGAUAGCAGCAGGUCAGGACUCAUUGUGCAUGUGUAUGUAUGUAUUGUGUGUGUGUGUGUGUGUGUGUGUGUGCGUGCGCGUGCGUGCGUGCGUGCGUGCGUGCGUGCGUGCGUGCGUGCGUGCAGCAAGCAAGUUUUACCAUAAAAUUCUCAAACCGUUGGGUGUCAUUUAAUCGACUGACAGGGGAAAAAAAAUCAGCUAUUUCGAAAAUUGAGGAAUUGUUUGAGUCUCUUUUCGAGUAAAAAUGCCAAACGCCUGCACCUGGUACUUCUUAAAUAUUUAAAUACUCGUAUUUUCUGCUUUUCUCUGUUACAUCAUCGUAACUUGAACAUCUUUUGGUGGCGGGCAGUUGGUUGAAAUUAACAAGGCAUUCGAAGAUGUCACCUUGGGCUUUGGAAAAUUAUGAUGGCCAAUUUUCACAAUUUUAUAGACAAACAAUUAAUUGAAAAAAGAAAAAAAAAGAAAUGACUUUCAGCCCUGGUUGUGUUUGGCUUUUACCCCUAUGACUUCGUUUUAAAGAAAUGGAGCAGCAAGUACGUUUAGGAUAUUUUCCUUGUCCUUUGUCUUUAAAUUCAUAAAAACUUGAAGUGCCUUCGUUGUUCAUUCCUGCUUGUUUGAACAUUUUUUUUGUGGGUUUUUUUUUAAAUGCCCUCUUAUAAAUGUUGGUCCAUGCACAUAACACUCUAACCUAGUGAUCUACAGUGAGAAUGAACGGGAUAUAGGAUAAUAUGAUUAUCAUUCUUGUAACUGAUUGUCAGAGCUACAUGUAAGUGAUACUGCAGCCUUCAUAUCCUCCUGUAUGUGUGUCCCUGUGGGACUCGACAGGAUCGCUACUGUCUGAAAUUCAGACCCCGUCAGCAUGUUCUGUAACUUAUUUUGAUUGUAUUAUUGUGACAGUGGGUCAAGUGACUGAUGCAUCUGAUUUGAAUGCUGCAGAAUGUAAACAUAUCCUCGUGAAAUGCUUGUCACCCGUUCAGAAAAGCUCUUUUCCUCUGAAUGUCAGUUUUACAAACUCCUUUAUCGUAAUGCCAAACUAACAUGGAAGCGACUCCUAGAUGUCGUCAGCAUUUUGCUGCUUCCCCAAAGUCAUGUGACAUUUGGUGUGUCGUCACCAGGCGAGGCAGGCAAGACGAUGAGUCAGUCACAUAAUUGGAAAUGGGAUUUCCUCAGACUGCAUCAGUUCAACGGUUCCUCUGACCGAAAUAAAUGUGAUUUGGUUCCGUUAUCUUGGGGUUUUGUCAUGUGUACGUAUUGUGUUGAUGUCACUUAGUACAUUUACUCGAGUACUGUAUACUGCUGAUGUAUUUUCGUUUCAUGCUACUUUAUACUUAAACUUCACCAAACUUCAUAGGGAAAAUCAUACUUUUCACUCCUCUACAUGUUGUUGACAGCUGUAGUUACUAGUUAUUUGUCUGAUUAAGGUUUUACAUAAAACUCUUUGUCUAGCAGAGGCCCCUUGUUACGUUUCAGAUGUUUAUGAGUUGUCAGCAGUUCCAAGGACACAUUUGUUUUCUUGCAGUUUUACUAUAAAAUGUUGUUCAGUACCCGAAGAGGUAAAAUUAUCUGACAUUUCACGAAGACGAGAAGAGGUUGUACUUAGGCACCAUGAAUGUCUGCA